AUGGAUCACUCAAGAUACGACUUGCUACCAUUAUAUUUUUCAGACUUCCUCAAUCGUCCAGUUAUUUUAACAAAUAAUUCAAAAUGUAUAAAUUUCAGCAAAAGAAAAUGCAAAUUCAGCACCACAAAAGAUUACUUUACCAUGGUAUACCUUUUAGUUAAAACUAUAUAG